CCCUCCUCCCCGCACGACCUCUCUCGCCCCCUUCUCCUCGCACGUCUCUCGCCCCCUCCUCCCGCGCCGUUCGCCGCCCCGCCGUUCCUCCCGCACCCUUGCGCUGCCAUUAGCCACAGGAUCCGCCCUGUCGCGCGUGGAGACGCCUCCAGCAGCUGCCGCCGAUGCCGUAACCUCCCCCUGCCUCUACCCCAGGCGCGAGGAACCUACCUCCCGAAGCAACCGGAGCGGCAAAGCGGCGGAUGAAUGGAGAGAUGGCGUCUGUGGCGGCGGGGAAGGAGAUGGCGCGGGCGUCCUACAUCCGGAUCAAGCACGAGGAGGAGCGGCGAGGGCCCGAGGGCCGGGUCUUCUCGGCCACACGGGCGCCGAUGUCGCCGCACGUCGACCAGAUCCUCGCCGGGCGCGCCUCCUUCGCCGACCUUGCUGCACAGCACUCCGGCUGCUCCUUCGCCCGCCGCGGCGGCAACCUAGAACCAAUUGAUUUGCAGAAGAUGACAUGAACCAGAAGGGUAAUCAGUGCCGCCAACGGUAGGCUCGGCAGUGCUGAUCACCAGAGCUAGACUACUGGCAGUGCCAUCCAAAUCCUCGGUGACGCUCAAGGUAUAUACACUGUACACACAAAGGGGUCCACAUGCAAUUAUCUAAUUGUUGGAUGCAUCAGAUUAACAUGCUGAAUGAAUCACAUGUGUAUACUUGAGACAAAUGAAUGUAUUAAUGGUUAGUCAAUUUUUUUAUUUAUCAUUUUUACAUGUC